AUGAUCACACAAAGGGACGUGCACCAUGUGACUUACACACGCUUUAGGAGGCGGAUCCGCAGGCGGGGCAGCAGCCAGGGACCGGCUGCGAGCACUCCUCUGUCCACCUGGGGGCAGUGUGAGACAGGUUUUGAAUUUGACACGGUCUGUCAGAGGCUGGAUUUGGAUUCUCCAUCAAAACGUCAAGAAACCAUCCUGAGGCCCAGCCAGGAGAAAAUACAAGGUCAUAUUUUAAAACACGAGCACAGAAUUCACAACAGUUAUUCAAGCACUAAAGAUAACUCAAAUGAUCGAGAGCCAUUUGCUGUCCUGAACAAAUCUUCAUCAAGUCAACACGGCAGGUCCGUGAUGAAGCUAGCUGCACCAGCACUGCUGAAUGACUACUAUGCGAAUCUUCUCGACUGCAGUUGUAAUGGUAUGAUUGCAUUAGCUCUGGGUUCUUCUGUUUACCUUUGGAGUUCAGAAACACACACUCUUGCAGGACAAAUAUACCCACAUCUGUCCAAGACGCAAUUGGGCCGGCCAUAUCCUCACAGUCAGACAAUCUCGUCUCUCUGCUGGUGCAGAGAUGGCACAGCGCUCUGUAUUGGGACGAGACAAGGGGAGAUACAGUUGUGGGAUGUGGAACACAAGCGAAAUAUGAGGUGUCUGCCAUCACAUAUGUCUGUGGUCAGAGUGCUUUCUUGGAAACAGCAGUUACUCAGCAGUGGUUCUAUACUUGGGCGUAUCCAUCACCAUGAUCCACGAGCUCCAGCACAUCUUGUAGGCACGGCUGUCCAGCAAGGGGCACUGUGCAGCUUGCAGUGGUCGCCAGGAGAUGACCAGCUGGCCAGCGGUUCCACAGAUGGUGUCCUUUAUAUAUGGGAUAGUGAUAUCACAGGGCUGUCGAGGUCACGGCAGCCACUCACUACAAUGGAACAGCCCAGUGCUGUAAAGGCAAUAGGAUGGUGUCCGUGGCAAACAAAGAUGAUCGCCACAGGAGGGGGAUGGAGAGACGGACAGUUGAGAAUCUGGGACACGGAGUCAGGGACUUGUGUAGCGUCUGUCAACACAAACUCACAGAUCUGUUCCCUAAAGUGGGCGGAAUCCAAGAGAUGUUUGGUCACAGGUCAUGGCCUCCCUCAUCACUAUGUCUCCUGCUGGGUGGUUCAGACUGAUGGUUCUCUCAGCCUAAACUAUCAGCUGUCAGGUCAUUUGAAUCGAGUUCUGCAUGUGGACUUAAAUCCAGGUUGCACUCAGAUUUUCUCUGCAGGAGCUGACCAGAGCCUUCACAUCUGGGACAUGUAA